UAGUAAUCAUUAUAUUGAAAAAUGAAGCAAGAAAAUAAAAGAAAGUGGAAAAUAAUAAUUUUUAUAUCAUGCUUAAAAGCACUAGCCAUCCUUACAUACACACUGCAGAAGAUAUUUCAGGACUCUUUCGAAUAUUCGUUGCUCAAAACUUGGAUUAUAAUUUUGUCAAUCUUCAUCCCACUCACAAUCUUAAUUACAUGCCAUACAUACUCACAAUGCAUUUUUAUGCUGACUAUUCCUCAAAUUGUCAGCAAGAGAGGAAGAAUGUUUUUGAUUGCAGCAGCAUUUUUAAUUGCAUUGUCAGGUCCGACGAGAAAUUUGAUUAGGAAUGGUGAAAUUUUGUCUGAAAGUUUGAGCUGCUCUCAAGAUCAAGUGAGAAUUGCACUCAAAAAUCUCGUUGAUGCUGCAAAAGAGCCUUACAAAAUGGUCAAAGACAUGGUGUCAAAGAUGCUUCCAGUCAUUGAAAGAAAUAUUGAAAGGAUUAAAGAGAAUCUUUUGGAAAUGAAGCAGAAUAUUGUAAAUGUCGUGAGAAGCAUUAAAAAGGCAUUUUCAUGGUUGGAAAACAUCGUUAAAGUCUGCAAUGAAGAAAAAGGUUCUCCGUUAGAAAAAUGUGAAGCUGCUCUUGAUGAAGCUUUCAAAAGUUGUCGAGAUAAAUUUGGACCAUUGAGCUUUCUCUGUGAAGCAACAAACGUCGGAAAAGGUUUCUGCUAUCUCCUCAAGCCUAUUGAAUAUUUUUGUGAAAUGAUUGACUUUAUAAGCGAUGAAGUUCUUGAAGCAAUUGAAAAAAAAAUGAAAGAUUUUAUAUCAAAAGUCGAAGAGAUGUUUUACGUGUCAAUCAACAUUGACCAUGACUUUGACUUCCAAACAAAUGCAUCGAAAUCGAUUGAAAAAAUUCAUUCAGAAAUCAGUCAAGAGAUAAAAUCCAGAACAAGCCGUGCAUUGAAGUUCAUUGAUUAUAUCAAUUUUUUCCUCAGCUUUUACUUCAUCAUGAUUUAUUUCAAGGCAAUUCGAUUUCACAAUAGCUAUAUGACAAGUCUGCGCUUUAAAAAUAUUUUCAUAUCAAAGUCGUUUCUAAAAGUCGACAAAUAUCGAGGCGAAUUAGGCAUGGAUCAAGUUAUGCCAUUAACACACAAAGAGCGAAAGUAUUUAAUUCAAAUGACAUCAAUUAAGCUUGCACGACAUGAGUGGCGUCAUUUGCUCAAAUCUAGUGUCUUCUUGUUGUUCUCAACAUUGCAUUUGUGUGGCAUUGUAAUGGCUGAUUAUUCACUUUUUUGGAUUAUGACAAUGAUUCGCUUUUACGGAAGUCGAGGCAGUGUGGCAUCAAAAAAUGUUGAACGUGAUGUUGAUUUAUUAACAGUCAAUGUAUCUGGUCAUGGCAUUAUGGCAGAUUUUUGUAAAGAACUUGUAAAUGUGAUGGAACCUUUAACACAGACAAGUGAUGUCGAUUUUGUGACUUGCCUCCCACAUGCUGAAACUCCGAAUUUUAAGAAAUAUGAAUCUAUAGCUAUGCUGAUUGUUAGUUCAUGGAUAAUUUUAUUUUUUGAGCCAUACGCAUUAAGGCUUAGGAAUAGCAUUAUGGAGCAUUAUUAUCCACAAAGAUCUGAACAUCGAGUGAAUUGGUUAUAUCAUGAGAUUUUAAGAAAGCGAACUGGAUUUACGAAAUUUGCAAGAAAACAGAUGAAAGAAAAGCUUUUUAGGGAAAGUCCAGCCACAUGCAUGCAAGUUUUGAGAUCUAAAUUUAGUCGAUUUUGGAUAUUUCGUAAAAUUUUUGGUUACAACGAAAAUAUCUCGUGCCUGGUGUGCAGUAAAAUGAUGAGGCACAAUGAUGAUCUCAUAAGAUGCGAUACUGAUGGAUGUGUUGGUGCUUAUUGUUUUGAAUGUUUUGAUGAUUUGAGAGACACAUGUCCGUUAUGUAGAAAUUUGCUUGGAUAUAGCGAUGCAAGUGAUAUUGAUGAGGAAGUUGGAUCUUCAGAAGAAGAACCUGAAAUCGACGAAAGCUUACCGACAACGAAGCUUCUGAAACAAUAACUCCUGAAAAAUACAAAAGUCAUCAAAUUUUCAUCAUAAAAUUACAUUUUAUUGUCACUUGGCUGAGAUUGUCAAAAUAAAAUUAAAUUGUAAUUAUAUUAAUCCACAUGACCCAUUUAGUAAUAAUUUAAUAGGCGCUUAAAAAAGACACAAAUACUAGAUAUGAAAUGUUUGAAAUAUUUGGAGAUUACGUAGUUCUAUAAAGGCAAGUAUGUAUUUAACAUUGUUUAAAAAUAAUUGAAAUUUGAUACUAGCUGCAAGAUUAUAAUUUUUUUAAUAAUUCGAGAGGCUAAAGCAGCACUACAAAUUUAUAUUUUUUUAAAGGCCGGUAAAUAAAACUUGCCUUUGUUAAAUACUUUUUGGAAUGAUGGAAUCAUCACAUUUGUUCGAAGUUCCCUGGUAGAGAGUCUACGGUAAAAUUUUUAAAGUCCGUAUAAUAUUCAAAUCCUAAAAGUCGGUUAAAAAUUGAAAUUUUAAAAGUCGGUCAAAAAUUCAAAUUUUCAAAAGUCGGUUAAAAAUUUCAUAUUCCAAAAGUCGGUUGAAAAUUGAAAUUCUAUAAGUCGGUCAAAAAUUCAAAUUCUAAAAGUCGGUUAAAAAUUUCAAAUUCCAAAAGUCGGUUAAAAAUUGAAAUUUUAAAAGUCGGUCAAAAAUUCAAAUUUCAAAAGUCGGUUGAAAAUUGAAAUUUUAAAAGUCGGUCAAAAAUUCAAAUUCCAAAAUCGGUUAAAAUUUUCAAAUUCCAAAAGUCGGUUAAAAAUUCAAAUCCUAAAAGUCGGUUAAAAAUUCAAAUCUUAAAAGUCAGUUAAAAACUCAGAACAGCAAUACUUAUCAUUAAGUACAUUAAAUGAGUAAACCAAAUAAUAUCGAUAUGCGUUUAGAAAAUUUGAGAUUACAAAUAUCACAGUUUUUCACUUAAAAAUUGUCACACAAUACACUAAUUAUAUGCAAUCCACAGACAAAGUCGAUCCAUUCUUCCUCUCAUUUAGAACUUUCGUGAGUACAUGCAUAAUAUUUUGUGGGAAGUGAUCAAGCAUCAUUCGGGGCAUGACUAGUAGAAAAAGUACCGCAUUACGUAAAGGUUAUUAAGUAAAUAAUUAUGCAGUCAUAAAAUCUCACCUUUAAGCUCCAUAAAAUCUUCAGGUUGUGCCCAUCUCAUUUCAUACACAGUCGGAGAUGUUUUCUUCUCAAUUUCUGACUUUUUCUUCUUUAAAAUGUGCAAAAUUUUUCCACUAAUAAAAAGUUUCGGUCGUGUUUUAUCCGAUGAACUUCCAUAAAGCUG